CGGGCUCUGAUGCCCGGGGCAGUAGAGUUCGGUUGUACCGCGUGUCUCACGAGCGGCGGGGAGUGAGCGCGAGACGAACGCCGGCAUCAGGCGGGAGGGAGGAAAGGCCGGGACCGGGCAAGACAGACAGAGAGAGAGAGAGAGAGAGGGGCCCCGGGAGCAGUGAGAGGCCCCGGGAGUGGGCUGGAGGCCGCGGCAGGGAUGGAAGGAAAGGAGCCGGAGGAGGACGAGUGGAAGUAUCACGGGGAAGGAAACCGCAGCCUUGUGGUGUCGCACGUUCAGCAUUGCCAGGUCCUGCGGUUCCUGAAGUUCCCUGCUGAACUUGCACAACCAAACAAGGCAUUGGAAGAAGUUCCUCGGCGUCUGAAUAACAUUGUGGACUUCAGUAAACAUGUGAUGAAGCCUUUAUUGGGAGAGAACUUUGUGCAACCCGGGGAGGUUAUUCAGCUGCCUCUGGACUUUGUUUGCCAACUGGCUUUGAAGAUCAAACCAGAAAGACCAGGGUCACGCUGUAAUAAGGUGAUGGACACGUUUAGUGGCUACACCUUGUGUCUCCCAGAUCUAACCAAGUUCCAAAGCUGCCAACGGAUUGAGAGACGGCCUCCACUCUGCAUAGAAAUCAAGCCCAAAUGUGGAUUUAUUCCUUUCUCCAGCCAUGUUACCAAGGAGAUAAAGCAGAGAGUGUGUCGCUAUUGUAUGCACCAGCACCUCAAGGUGGCCAAUGGAAAAUGGAAACGGAUUAGCAAAUACUGUCCCCUUGAUCUAUUCUCGGGGAACAAGCAAAGAAUGUACUUUGCCUUGAAAAGUCUGUUACAGGAGGCGCAGAACAACCUCAAGAUCUUUAAGAACGGAGAGUUAAUAUUUGGCUGCAAAGAUGACCAGGAUUGCCUGAUGGAUUUGAAUGAACUUGCUAACCACCUGAAAGCCUAUUUCUUCCCUGCCAAUGGUGUGGUUAGUGGCCCACAGUGCACAAGGACUGUGAUCAAAGAACUAAUCCAUGUAAUCAGCAUGGCUUUGCUCAGCAAUCCCAAGGCACCGACAGGUGCCGUGAAACGGAACCGUGACUCGGAGAAAAGGAGCUACUGUGAAGCGAGUCACGUCCCCAGGGAAGCGCUGAGAAAUGGUAUUCACUCACUGGAGAAUUCCGAUUUGCCAAGAGACAGUGUUCUGUGGCGGAUCCUGCAGGUGCAGAUGUUAGAUAUGCUGGAUAUUGACGGAGUUUAUCCCCUGUACCAGAGAGUGCAGCAGCACCUGGAGACUUCUCCAAAAGACAGAAUCCGAUUACAUUUAGAUGGCCCUUAUGAUGAAGACUUCUAUGAAAGUCUGUCAGAUCUGCGUUCUGAGGAUGAUGGGACUGUGGAGUACGCAGCUCGAAAGAUUCACCAAUACAGGGUGGCUAUGACGGCAAAGGACUGUUCCAUCAUGAUCGCCCUUUCCCCUUAUCCUGUGGAGGAAGGGCAUGAGCCCAGCAACGAAAUCCAGACAUCCAGGGCCUGCUUUGUAUUUUCUGUCUCUAUCCUAGAUUUGGAUCCCAAACCUUACGAAAACAUUGCACAUCAAUACAACCUGGAUGGAAAGAUAAUAAACUAUUACGUGCAGAAGACAAAGACCAAAAUGGCUGCCACAUCUCCAAGCUUCCCAAUAGAGAAUGAAGACUGUACCUUGUAUUUCCACUCGGUGUGAACUGCAGGAUGUUGGCAUUUCCUGAGUUGAGUGGAAUGACUGCAAGAGGCUGUGGAGCAGAGCACCCACUUUACACAUUGUGUGGCCAGAGUGUUAAACACCCAGUCUGUUUGUUGGGGGAGGAGAAAGAUUUUUAAAUUGUAUAUUUUUGAAAAGCUGUAAUGGAUUGGACAACUUAUUUAAAUAUUUGCCUUUCGCCAACAAAAAUAGCACUAAAAGCAUUUCUGAAAAAUCAAGUCACUUACAACGUUUAGAAAUCCUAAAGCACAAGGUGUGUGAGGUUUCAGUUCAGUUUGUGGUAACACACGCCCUAGAGUGCUUUAUAACUUAUUGUGCAGGUGAUGGUGGGUGAGAGUUGAGCUUAAAUAAAGGCUUCAGUUCCUUCAGUUCCCGAGCACUGAAACUCGCAGAGGCGGUGGAUAUAGUCUAGUAACCCCAUAAUGAAGGAAACUUUCACAUAUUUUAGUUUUUGCUGCAUCUUAUUUUGAGAUUAUUAGUGUGAAGUUUAGGGCUGAAUAAAAGGUCAGAAUUAAUAUUUUUAAAAUCGUUACUUAAAGCUUUGGCUCAUCACUGAAAUUGCUGCUAAACAACCACUUUGCCUCUAUGUGGCUUCAGUUUAUGCCAAUUACUCUACUGGGAGCGGCUGCUGCCAGUUGCAAAGCAUUACCAUACCAAUUCUUGUUUUAACCUUGCAUGGUGUGCAGAAUUUGGUGCUCAGAUGGAAACCAACUUUCAGGGUAUUUAACUUAUAAAUUUUAGAUUUGUGCCAAGAUUUUACCUGUUAUAAACUAGAGUAAAAGCUAACUGCAGGUAAAAGUGGAGAAGUUCCCGCUUGUCCAGCUAGGACCACUCUACCUACUAGGGCUUCAGCUUGCAGGGUUGACAGGAGCUGAGUGGGAGGAUUCCCUACACUCAGUGACUGUCUUUGCAAGUCGUGCCGUUGGGCCAGCGGGGCUGUGCUGGACACACAGCAGAGCAUCCUGGAGUACUGCAGACCUGUCUGAUUCAGGAACUGACAUUUCGUUGCCAAACACGUUACUUUGGAUCCAGUGCAGCCACGGGAGACCCUGCUUACUGCCCCCCCCUCUCCCUCGGAGGAGAUGGAGAAGUUUGGUAGUGUAAACACAGGUACAGCUUUAAUAUCCCUUCCUAGUGGAUUAUAAUAACUCAGAUUGUUUUAUUGGGCAUGAAAAUGGAAUCUUUAUAAUGGGAGUUGGAGGUAGGGACUCCUGCUACGCCACUAACGCAGAGAAUGCCCUCUGCAAACAUUGUGUUAAGAGAGCUUCUUGCUGGUAGGAAAUCGGUUGCUGUCAGUGGUGAAAACAGAAGCCGCUGGGAACACGCAGCAGGUCAGGCAGUAUCCAUAAAGAGAGGAAAAUGGGUUAACGUUUCAGGUCUAUGACCUUUCUGACAAAUCUGCUUGCGAUUUUCUUCCUGACAUGACUUCCCCCAAUCCAUCAUCGAGUGAUUUGGGGUGGAAAGGGAUCAGCCUCACAGGUGGCCUCUGUAGAUUUCCGGCUGGUGUUGAGUGGUUUUGUGAGGUGGGGUCUUUGGCUGAGGAGAGGCUGAAGAGAUGAGAAUUGCCAUCACUUCUCUCAGUGGUUGAUGUGAUUAACUGGAAGUAGAAUAGUUUCACUGACCAAGCAUAAGUGUUGGUUUUCAAAUCUGAGCUUUGAAAGAAUAUUUUUUACGUUGGUUUUAUUCAUUUUUAGUUUUAAAUGUUUUCAGUUCUAAAUCCAGCUAAAGAGUAGUGAGCUAAUGGUUGUGACAUCAUCUGGUGCUGGUCAGUGGUCAGAAAACACCUCUUUCUUGGUUACUGAACACCUGUUGCCAGUUGUUUUAUGUGGAUAACUUACACCAGAGACUGACAU